UGUUAUAAAUAGUUGUUGAUGAAUUGUUUCAAUUAUUAUAUUUAACCAUAAUAUAAAAAAAAUCAAAAAAAUUAAUUUAAACGGAGUAACUAACGAACAACCGAUCGCAAUUCUUCCACAUGUGAUCUAAAAGUCGCGAGGCAAUUUUUAUAAAACAAGUUUGACUCGACUAAAUCCGAAAUGACUCGAAAUAAUAAUCCCAUUAUUAAUAUUAAUUUUAUUUAUAUAAAUAAUAAAUUAUUAAUUUACCAAUUAUUUUAAUAUAAAAAUUAUACCCUUAAGCUAAUAUUUUAUAUUUUAGUAAACUUUUUUUUUCUUUUUUAAUUUGUUAAAACGAUGUGGACCUGUUGACUUUAACAAUUGGAAUGGAAUGAGAAAAUAAUUUUUCGUGGCAACUUCACGUGUUUAAGGAAAAAAUUAAAUACACACACAUCAAUAAUGUAUAUGAUUGUAUAGAAAAAAAAGGAAAAUGGCUAGAUUAAAUUCAUUAAUUCAUCCAGAAUUAAAUAAUGAUAUAAUUGAAAUACUUGAAAAAAAAAAAAUAAUAACUGGAAUGGAUUUUCUUAAUGAGUCAACUGAAAAGAUACAAAAAAUUAUUAAAUUUAAGUUAGAAAAUAUUUAUAGUAUUCGAAAUGCAAUUGUUGAUAGAUAUGGUGGAAAAGACAAUGAUAUUGAUGCUCUAUUAAAAUUUGAAAAAAUUAAAUUAUCAACUGGAAUUGAGAGUUUAGAUAAUUUAUUAGAUGGUGGUAUUUGUGUUGGAAAUAUUUAUGAAAUUUGUGGUCCAUCAUCUGCUGGAAAAACUCAACUUUGUUUGAACAUUGCUGGAAAUAUUGUUCAUAAAUAUGAACAUGAAAUUAUUUAUAUUGAUACGAAAAGCGAUUUUUCUUCAUCAAGAAUUUAUGAGCUUCAUAGAAAAAAUAUAAGCUCCAUGAAAAUUGAAAAAUUCAUGAAAUGUAUUCAAGUAUAUCCAGUUGAAAAUGUUCAUCAACUAUUGAAUAUUCUUCACAUGUUAGCAUCAAAAAAAUUUAAUGAAAUUAAAUUAAUUAUCAUUGAUUCAUUACCAACACUUUUUUAUAAUGAAACAGAUGAACGUAAAAGUUUAUCAUUUAUAAAUUAUUUAUCAAAUAUUUGUAAUUAUUUAGUUAAUGAAUGUCAUAUGAUAAUUAUAACGACAAAUUUAAUAAGUCAUUGGAGAGAGACUGAAGGUUUUAAUAUUCCAAUUGAUACAAGUACAAUUAAUAUUAAACCAACAUUAGGAAAAUUUUGGAAUCAUAUUCCAAAUGUUAGACUGUUAAUUGAACAAUACGAAAAUGAAAAAAGAAAAAUAUCAUUAUGGAAAUCUAGUGAUUCUUGUAUUUCUAAAUAUAUUCAAGUUAACUUGACAAAUUUUGGAUUUAAAUAAUUUUAUUAUAGGUAAUCAUUAUUAAAUUAUUGUUUUAGUUUAACAAAGUUCAUUUUUAUAAUACAAAUUUCGAGAGAUUUAAACUUGCCUCAAAUGUAACUUUUAAACUGUGAUAAACCAAGUAGUUUUAAUAAAUUAAUUUAGAAAAUUUUUAAGAUUAUUAUAAUCAAGCUUUGUUUUUAUUUACACAAUGUAGCAAUAUUUUUAUAUUACAAUUGUUAAGAUCAUAUAUAAUAUAUUACAAUUAAAACAGUCCAUUUUAAGUAUGAAUUAAUCUUGUGUGACUAGAUUUUAAAAUACACCAACAAGUAAAUUAUUAUUUUUUAAGAUACUUGUUUUUUUUUUUCUAAUUUUUAUUGUUCGUCAGUCAAACGUGAAUUUGAUUUUAACUCUAUGAGCUUUUAUUCUUUUUAAAUUAAACAUGUUUAAUUAUUAAAUAUCUAAAUACUUUUCUAUUUUCUUUUCCCAUCAAUUCGUACUUAAAAUUUCAGACAUAAAAUAUAAUUUUUUAGUUUUACAGUACGUUAUUUAAGAAAAAAAAAAAAAUUUAUACAAU